AUGCGAUGCAAUGCUUAUUAUGAUCAAUAUGUUUGUGAUAGCGGUGAAAGGGGUGGAGGCAGCAGUCGUAGUGGUUGUGAUGGUUGUAGUGGUGAUAAUGAUGAUGAUGGUGAACGUGGUGGUUGUCGGGGCAAUGGUAAUGACGGUGGUUGUGGCGGUAGCAAUAGUAGGGAGGUGAAUGUGAUAGUGAAUGUGGUGGUUGUUGAGGCCAAUGGCAAUAGCAAGCAAAGUGACAAGCGUAGCGGUUGUGAUGGCUAUGGUGGUCGUGGCAACGGGAGUGGCAAUGGUUAUAGUUGUGGUGAUGGCAGCGGCAAUUGUGAUAGUGGCAAAAAGGGUGGUUGUGGCAGCAGCAAUGGUGAUAGGGACGGUGGGUGGAAUGAGACAAUAAAAACAAAGAAAAAUGGGACUAAAGGGCAAAUUAGACUUUUUCAAAUAUACAAUAAGUGUUAA